GUUGUUUCCUUUGUGUCAAUUGGCAAUUCAGACGAUCAAAUAGUACCGACGAGGCAUUCGAGACAAUGGCCACCCCAACGAGAACCUAUCUUGCAUUCCAGCACAAUGCAAAGCUGUUCUCUCUGGCAACUGCGAUUAGAUCAAUCCGUUCGGCGACUUCUCUAGAUGAGCAGAACCGAUCUCUGUUCAAACAAGCUACCGACGAUGAUCAUGUAGUCGUCACUGAACAAACCAUUUUCCAUCCGCAAGGUGGCGGCCAACCCUCCGACGUAGGCGUGAUGAAAACUUCCAACAGCGUUUUCAAAGUCAGUGCGGUUCGUAUGGAUGUUGUCUCUAACGGACAAGUUCUGCACUUUGGUCGUUUCGAAUCUGGGCACAAUGCAUUCGCCGAGGGAGAGACGGUCACGCAAGAGGUUGAUGUUGAGAAGCGUCUACUCUACUCGAGACUGCACACAGCCGGACACGUACUGGGAGCAGCAACAAGGAAGCUCCUUGAGAAGGAAAUUGAAGGCUUCGAUGAGCUCAAAGCAUCGCACUUCCCCGAUGCCGCAUCUUGCGAGUUUCAAGGAUCAAUUGAGGGCAAAUGGAAAGACGCGAUCCAGAAGAAGGUCGACGAAUACGUUGAUGGCGACUUGCCUGUCGAGAUUGAAUGGUGGAGUGAAGAUGACUUCAAGAAAAAUGGUCUUGAAAGACUUAUCACCGACAAUCCCAAUGUUGCAGCAGGAGAGAAGUUCAGAGUCGUCAAGAUUGUUGGAGCGGACACUUAUCCUUGUGGUGGUACACACGUUGACAGCACAUUGGCUUGUGGAAAGACGACAGUAAGAAAGAUCAGUAGGAGCAAAGGAACAAGCAGGGUCUCAUAUGCCGUUGCAUAGAUGAUAUCUGAUACAUCUUUGUAGUAUAGAGAUCGACAUAUAGACUACUGACCUACUCUAGUAGUUUUUCUCCGUCAACGAUGUUAUCAAAUUCAUCGCCUCGAC